ACAAAUCAAUAAUUAAUGGAUUUAAAAAAAUCAUUAAUUAUUGGAAGAAAAAGAAACACACUUUGUGCCUUUGUGGCUUUGUGCAAUGUGUCUCCGUCUUAACUCUUAACCCGUUUCCCCCUUCUCUCUCUCUGCCAUGAACUCCCUUUCACUCCGACAAAAAACCCAAAACAUCCUGGUUGUCAGUCUUAAACUCUGAUACAUCCUCUGAACGAGGAAAACCCAGAAAUGAUUUCACAUCUUGUUUGCAUGACCAUUCUGUUCCUCGGACUUUCUUGCCUGCAACAUGUUUGUGCAAAUGCCGAGCUGAGCGCUUUAAUGGAGAUGAAGGCCUCCUUGGACCCAGAGAACAAGAUUCUCUCUUCAUGGACCAGAGAUGGCGAUCCGUGCAGCGGGUCGUUUCUGGGAGUGGGCUGCAACGAGCACAGGAAGGUGGGCAACAUUUCCCUGCCGAGCAGGGGUCUUGCCGGAGAGUUGUCGCCGGCGGUGGCGGAGCUCAGGUGCUUGUCCGGUCUCUACUUGCAGUUCAACAAGUUGAGUGGUGAGAUUCCCAGAGAGAUUGGGAAUCUCACUGAGUUGACUGAUCUGUAUCUUGAUUUCAACAAUUUUUCUGGGAUUAUACCUUCUGAGAUUGGAAGAAUGGCUAGCCUUCAAGUGCUGCAGCUGAACAACAACCAGUUGACAGGCUCCAUACCCCAAGAGAUUGGAUUCUUGAAGAAGCUCAGUUAUAUUGCUUUGGAACACAACAUGUUAACAGGUCAGAUUCCAGCAAGCUUUGGAACUAUGGCACUGCUAAAAGAAGUUUAUUUCGGCUUCAAUCAGCUCUCCGGUCCGAUUCCUCCUAGCUUGGCUAAUUCUCCUUCAUUGGAGGUUUUGGAUGUUCAAAAUAACAACUUUUCCGGCCCCAUUUCUCCCGGGUUACAAAGGCUCAAUGGAGGAGGAUUCAAAGGAGGAAAUAACCCCAAUCUAUGUGGGGUUGGAGUUUUGUCAUUACGAAAUUGUACGCCGUUGGAUUAUGAGGGGAAGGUUAAUCCGGGCGAAGGGUCAGUGCCCCUAGCUGUUAACAUUCCCAAGGCAGCAAACGUUCUCUCGCAUUGCAAACACCACCAACCCCACUGCUCAAGUCCGUCCAAAUCCCUCAUACUCAUCAUUGGGGUGGUCUCUGCCACCGUCUCACUGUUGGGUUUGGGGAUUUGCAUUGCAUUCGUCUACCGGUGGCGCAGGCAGAAAGUGGGGACCUCCGUCGAUGAAUCCGAGGAUAAGAGGCUUAAUGCGGAUCAACCAAAGGAAUUGCCCCGAAACCUCACCCCUCUCAUCAGCCUAGAGUAUUCUCAAGAGUGGGACCCAAUGACCACGGACGCGACUGCCAAGUUCAACGUGGAAGAAGUCGAGUCGGCAGCCCAGCAUUUCUCCGAUGCGAAUUUGCUAGGGAGGAGCAACUUCUCGGCGGUCUAUAGAGGAAUCCUCAAGGACGGGGGUGUGGUCGCGAUUAAGAGCAUAAACCUCACGGCUUGCAAGUCCGAAGAGGCCGAGUUUAUGAAGGGAUUAAACAUGAUAACGUCGUUGAAACACGAUAACCUUAUCAAGUUGAGGGGUUUUUGCUGCUCGAAGGGGAGGGGAGAGUGUUUCUUGAUCUAUGACUAUGCCUCUAGAGGUACUUUGUCACGAUACCUUGACGUGGGAGAGGGUAGCGGCUUUGUCCUCAACUGGCCCACGAGAGUUUCGAUCAUCAAGGGCAUUGCGAGAGGCAUAGAGUAUUUACACAGUUGUGAUGAUAACAAGCCCGCGAUUGUUCACCGCAACAUAUCGGUGGAAAAAAUCUUACUCAACGAAAAAUUCUCCGCGGUGAUUUUGGAUUCCGGCCUUCUGAAGCUCUUUGCGGAGGACGUCGUGUACUCAGCACUUAAGGUGAGUGCCGCCCUCGGGUACAUGGCGCCGGAGUACAUUACUUCAGGAAGCUUCACGGAGAAGAGCGACGUGUACGCGUUCGGAGUGGUGAUGCUUCAGGUGUUGUCCGGGAAGUGUAUGCUCACAAGCUCGCUCCGGGCGUCGGCCGAGUCUUGCGAUUUUGUUGGGUUUAUUGACCCAAACCUUAAGGGGAAGUUCAACGAAAACGAGGCGGCAAAGCUUACGAAGGUGGCGGUGGCGUGCACGAACGAGGUUCCCGAGAACCGGCCGACGAUGGCAGCCGUCAAUGGAGAACUCGCCGGAGAGGGGCAAAAUUUUGUGGGGAGAGUUGGUCAUGAUGGAUUCCAUGAAGCUGUUUGAUUGAUUUGAUAGUCUUUACUCUUUACUUUAAGCUUAUGUAAAUAAAGACAUCACUGGCAAAAGAGUAUUUUGUGCAAGAUUUUAAUGAAUUAUGUAACCAUUU